AUGGCUUGUGAUCUGUUAUUAGCUUCAAAAUACCUGAUCACAAGUCUGGCAAGCUGGAUGUGCAAUAUGUUCAUCCUCAUGCUACGCUUCAUUCCAGCAUUGGCCUCAACCCAACUCCUCUGCUUGAUAUAUAUGUCAGCAACUAUCGGAAGCCAAACUGAUUACCUUGGUGGUGAAGUUGGUUUCGACACAGCUUCCUCGUCACUAACCAAGUACAAUGCCGAAAUUGGUUUCAAUAAGGCAGACUUCUCUGUUGCGCUCGUGCUGGGAGAGUAUACAAGCUACUUACGUCCACACGGUGAAUCCAACCACAUCCGUUGGUGCAUCUUUAGCAUCGGAAGCUCUUACUCUUUGGAUCCAUUCACAACGGUGAAGGCCAGACUCUCUAAUAAUGGGAAAGCAGGGAUGGUGGUACAAAGUGAAUGGAGACCAAAGUCGCUGAUAACUCUCUCAGCUGAGUAUGACUCAAAGGCUGUGACCUCGUUACCGAGGCUUGGUCUCGCGCUCUCCCUUAAACCAUAA